GGCCAGGCUCGGCCAGAUGCUCUCUGGCUUCUCGGCUUGUGGCUGUGGGUCCCGCCAGGCUCUCCCUCCGCACAAAGCUCCGCGACCCCCAUCGCCCCCGCUCCCUCUGCCCGCCAAGACGAGGGCCGCAGACCCCCAGUCGCCUCCCUCUCAUCUACGGCAGCUCGUGCGUCUCCAGUUCCUAAGACAAGAUGCCGUCGGGCUUCCAACAGAUCGGCUCCGAAGAUGGGGAGCUCCCCCAGCAACGAGUCACUGGGACCCUGGUUCUCGCCGUAUUCUCCGCUGUGCUUGGCUCCCUGCAGUUUGGCUACAACAUCGGGGUCAUCAAUGCCCCCCAGAAGGUGAUUGAACAGAGCUACAAUGAGACGUGGCUGGGGAGGCAGGGGCCUGAGGGACCCGGCUCCAUCCCACCAGGCACCCUCACCAUGCUCUGGGCUCUCUCCGUGGCCAUCUUCUCUGUGGGCGGCAUGAUCUCCUCCUUCCUGAUUGGCAUCGUCUCUCAGUGGCUGGGAAGGAAGAGGGCAAUGCUGUUCAACAACGCCCUGGCAGUGCUAGGGGGCGCCCUUAUGGGCCUGGCCAAGGCGGCUGCCUCCUACGAGUUGCUCAUUCUUGGACGGUUCCUUAUUGGCGCCUACUCAGGGCUGACGUCGGGGCUGGUGCCCAUGUACGUGGGGGAGAUCGCCCCCACUCACCUGCGGGGCGCCUUGGGGACACUCAACCAGCUGGCCAUUGUCAUUGGCAUCCUGAUCGCCCAGGUGCUGGGCUUGGAGUCCAUACUGGGCGCUGCUACCCUAUGGCCACUACUCCUGGGCAUCACUAUGCUGCCUGCCCUCCUGCAGCUGGUCCUGCUGCCCUUCUGCCCAGAAAGCCCCCGCUACCUCUACAUCAUCCGGAACCUGGAGGGGCCCACCAGAAAGAGUUUGAAGCGCCUGACAGGCUGGGCCGACGUGUCUGAAGCGCUGGCUGAGCUGAAGGAGGAGAAGCGGAAGCUGGAGCACGAGCGGCCACUGUCCCUGCUCCAGCUCCUGGGCAGCCACAUCCACCGGCAACCGCUCGUCAUUGCAGUUGUGCUGCAGCUGAGCCAGCAGCUGUCGGGCAUCAACGCAAUUUUCUAUUAUUCAACCAGCAUCUUCCAGACGGCGGGGGUAGGGCAACCAGCCUACGCCACCAUCGGAGUUGGUGUGGUCAACACGGUCUUCACCUUGGUCUCGGUGUUCUUGGUGGAACGGGCUGGGCGCCGGACCCUCCAACUCCUGGGCCUGGCAGGCAUGUGUGGCUGUGCCAUCUUGAUGACCGUGGCUCUGCUUCUGCUGGAGCGGGUUCCAGCCGUGAGCUAUGUCUCCAUCGUGGCCAUCUUUGGUUUUGUGGCCUUCUUUGAGAUUGGCCCUGGCCCCAUCCCCUGGUUCAUCGUGGCCGAGCUCUUCAGCCAGGGACCCCGCCCAGCAGCCAUGGCUGUGGCUGGUUUCUCCAACUGGACGUGCAACUUCGUCAUCGGCAUGGGUUUCCAGUAUGUCGCGUUGGAAUCAAAGCCUCUUAAAAUGGCAGAUGAUUUGGACUUCGAGACAGGAGAUGCAGGGGCCUCAGCCACCUUCCCGAUGCAGUGCUCAGCAUUACGUAAGAAUGGCUUUGUGGUGCUCAAAGGCCGGCCAUGUAAGAUUGUGGAGAUGUCAACCUCCAAGACUGGCAAGCACGGCCAUGCCAAGGUCCAUCUGGUUGGUAUUGACAUCUUUACUGGGAAGAAAUAUGAAGAUAUCUGCCCGUCAACUCAUAAUAUGGAUGUCCCCAACAUCAAAAGGAACGAUUUCCAGCUGAUUGGCAUCCAGGAUGGGUAUCUAUCACUGCUCCAAGACAGCGGGGAGGUGCGAGAGGACCUCCGUCUGCCUGAGGGAGAUCUUGGCAAGGAGAUUGAGCAGAAGUACGACUGUGGAGAAGAGAUACUGAUCACGGUGCUGUCUGCCAUGACAGAGGAGGCAGCUGUUGCAAUCAAGGCCAUGGCAAAAUAACUGGCUCCCAGGGUGGCUGUGGUGGCAGCAGUGAUCCUCCAGCCUGCAGAGGCCCCCUCCCCCAGCCUGGCCCAGCCCUGGCCCGGCCCUUGGCUGGACUCCUCCUACACAAUUUAUUUGACAUUUUAUUUUGGUUUCCCCUACACCCUCAAUCUGUCGGGGAGCCCCUGCCCUUCACCCUGCUCCCUUGGCCAGGAGUGAGUGAACCAUGGCCUUGGUGAAGCUGCCCUCCUCUUCUCCCCUCGCACUACAGCCCUGGUGGGGGAGACCGGGUGGGUGCUGCUUGUGGUUUAGGUUUGUUGUUGGUUUUUUUUUUUUUUUUUUUUUUUUUUUUGGUGGUUUUUUUUUUUUUUUUUUUUUUUUUUUUAAUUCAAUCUGGAAUCAGAAAGCUGUGGAUUCUGGCAAAUGUUCCUUGUGCCCUUCCCCCACUCAUCCCUGGUCUGGUCCCUUAUUCCCCAAUAGCCCUUUUUCCCAAGCACCACCCCCACAGACUGGGGACCAGCCCCCUCCCCUGCCUAUGUCUCUCCCCAAAUCCCUUUAGAUGGGAAGGGAAGAGGAGGAGAGGGGAGGGGACCUGCCCCCUCCUCAGGCAUCUGGGAGGGCCCUGCCCCCAUGGGCUUCACCCCUUCCUGCGGGCUCUCUCCCCGACUCAUUUGUUAAAAAUCAAACCUGAAUAAAACUACAAGUUUAAUAUGAA